CUCAAUUUAAAUUUAAUAUUACAUAAUUUAUUCACUAAACCUUCAAAUUAUUCUAAAAAAUCAAACAUAUAUACAGUCUCCAAUAAACCCCUAAUCAAAUAAUCCCAAAAAGUUUUGAGUAAAUUCUGCGUUUCCUCUUUGGCUUCUCGAAGAGGAAGAAAACUUUGGCAGAGAGCGAAGCAUCACACAUAUUUUGGCCUCUCCUUCACGAUAUUCGAAGAAGUCUCCUCCUCCUUCUCCAACGAAUCCCAGAUCAGGCGGCAAGUAGGCGAAUCCUUACGAAGAAUUCUAACUUCAUCAUCAACGAUAGAUACUCUAGUUUGAUUUUCAAAGUAGUAGUGUAAAGGAAUCAGAAAUGGCGGUGGGAGAGAAGGAGCACGAAGGAACUGUGGUUGAAAGCGGCGGCGAGAAGAAUGAUUCCGCCGUUGUACUCUCUGCUUCCGGCGAGAAGAAGACGACGAAGCGUAAAGGUUUGUUCUCGCGUCUUUGGAAUGCGAUAUUUAGGGUUAGAGGUGAUGAUUUCGAGAAGAGACUUAAAAAUAUCUCAAAGGAAGAAGCGACUGUUCGGAAUAGAAUGAAGCGUAGAUCGAUUACAAGGAGGAACUUCAUUAGAAAUCUCAUCGCUUUCUCUGUCUUCUUUGAGGUAAUUGCAGUGAGUUAUGCAAUCAUGACCACCAGAGAUGAGGAUUUGGAUUGGAAACUGAGGAGUUUCAGGAUCUUGCCAAUGUUUCUUUUACCUGCUGUUGCCUUUCUUCUCUAUUCUUCACUUGUUGGCUUCUGGAGGAUGUGUGACCGCAGAGAUCAGCAUACCUUGGAAAAACUUCAAGCAGAAAUGUUGGGAAAGAUUAAUGAGUUAAAGGAAAGGACCAAUUAUUACAUUACACAGCAACUUAUUCAGAGGUAUGACCCUGACCCAGCUGCAAAGGCGGCUGCUGCAACUGUUCUGGCAUCCAAGUUGGGUGCUGAGUCAGGCUUGAAAGUAUUUGUAGGAGAUGAAUCCCAACUUGAGCCCACCGCAGGAAAGAACAAUGCCAAACACUCGGGAGGGCUCAGGAACCGAAAACAGACAAAUACAAGAGGCAACAGCGCUGAGACCACUCCAAUUCAUCAUUCGGAUAAUGAGUCUAACCAUUCUGGAACAAGCGAAAGAAUCACCGGCACAGAACAAAACCAACAGAUGGUGUUUGAGCAUUAUAAUCCUCAGGAAUAUGCUGCUCAUGAUGGUAGCUGGAUCUCACGCAUUGCGGCUCUCCUUGUAGGCGAAGAUCCAAGUCAGUCAUAUGCACUCAUCUGUGGAAACUGCCGUAUGCAUAACGGACUCGCCCGGAAAGAGGAUUUCCCAUACAUUACUUACUACUGUCCUCACUGUCGAGCUCUGAACAAGCCGAAACAUUCAGAAGAGCAUUCACUUAUUGCUCCUGCAGAUACACUCCCUAAAGUUUCUCUAAAGCCAAUGGAAAGUGAAGUGAUCAAUAGCAGUAGCUCGACUAGUGAACGCGGUAACAGUCCAAUCCCUUUGUUACACACUCCAGAAAUCGUGGAAGAAGUCCCGGAAACAGCUGAGAAUGAGACACCAAACUGACCCGAGAAAGUUCAUGUGAGGUAAAAGAAGGGUUUCAAGUGUUUGUGCCAAAAGAGAGAGAGAUGGUUGUGUUAAAAUGAGGUUGAUAUGCUAAAAUCUGUAGCUGCUUGCAAUUUUGAUUGUGGAAUGAAGAGAUAUCACAUUUCAUGGUGAAAAUCAUAUAGCAUCAAAUUUAUUCACAGUUGAAAUUUGUAGCUGAGUUUAAUAUAUAUAACAGAAUCUAUAUUAAAUUUGUUAAUGAAACAGCUCAACUUCUUUCUCCCGCCAAAUAUUCUCCACCAUCACCUUCCAUUUUAUUUCCUUCCUCUCCCCUAAACAUAAA